AAAUGAUUGGUUCUGAAAAUAUCAGUUGGGAAAUUAAAACCCGGUUCAAUUUGAAACCGGAAACAAGACUAGCUACGCCUCACACAGAGUCACAGGAGAAGCUCCCGCGUCUGCAAGGAACGGAUAAAGUCUCUCUCUUUCUCACUCUCUCUCUCUCUCUCUCUCUCAAAGAAGAAGAAGAUGUUGACGAGUCCCAGUAACGCACUUCACAGUAGUACUCCACAAUUCUGGCCACUUCGCCGGAGCAAGCUUUGCCGUUCCCGGAAUUUCCCUCGUUUUCACUCCGGCGAACGCAGCAGCGGCGGAGGAGGAAAAUUGUGCUCGCUCUCUCUUCUCUCCGGAAGUGGCGCCGGUAAAUUCAGUGUCAGAGCUCUAGUUAGGCCUGAUGAUACCGACGACGCUGACUCCGUCGGCGAUGGGUCUCUGGCUUUUCCUAACCACGUUUCUGUCAAAAUUCCAUUCGGAAAUAGAGAGAUUUUAGUUGAGACUGGUCUCAUGGGGAGACAAGCAAGUUCUGCAGUCACGGUCACAGAUGGAGAAACUAUUGUCUACACAUCCGUUUGUCUAGCUGAUGUUCCGAGUGAGCCAUCAGAUUUUCUUCCCCUUUAUGUUCACUAUCAGGAGCGAUUCUCAGCUGUAGGUCGAACUAGUGGUGGAUUUUUUAAGCGAGAAGGGAGAACCAAAGAUCACGAGGUUCUGAUUUGUAGGUUGAUCGAUAGACCUCUACGCCCCACUAUGCCCAAAGGUUUCUACAAUGAAACUCAGAUUUUAUCCUGGGUUUUGAGCUACGAUGGAUUACACGCACCUGAUGCUUUAGCUGUUACAUCUGCUGGAAUUGCUGUAGCUCUUUCAGAAGUACCAAAUGCGAAAGCGAUUGCAGGAGUUCGGGUUGGUCUUAUUGGGGGUGAAUUCAUUGUCAAUCCAACCGUGAAGGAGAUGGAAGAAUCACAGCUAGAUUUGUUUCUAGCUGGAACAGAUACUGCAAUUCUAACGAUAGAGGGAUACAGUAAUUUUCUUCCUGAGGAAAUGCUUCUCCAAGCUGUUAAAGUUGGACAGGAUGCUGUACAGGCUACAUGCAUUGCUAUUGAAGUUUUAGCAAAGAAAUAUGGAAAGCCUAAAAUGCUUGACGCUAUCAGAUUACCACCUCCAGAGCUAUACAAGCAUGUGAAAGAACUUGCUGGUGAGGAAUUGACAAAAGCGUUACAAAUUAAGAGUAAAAUAUCGAGAAGGAAAGCCAUAUCGUCCCUGGAAGAAAAGGUCUUGACAAUACUGACAGAGAAGGGAUAUGUUAUUGAUGAGGUAGCUUUUGGAACCAUAGAAGCACAACCGGAUCUGUUGGAGGAUGAAGACGAGGAUGAGGAAGUUGUUCCUGAAGGUGAGGUGGACCAAGGCGAUGUUCACAUUAGACCCAUCCCUCGGAAACCUAUUCCUUUACUAUUUUCUGAAGUAGAUGUCAAGCUAGUCUUCAAAGAAGUAUCGUCGAAGCUUCUACGUAGGCGAAUUGUUGAGGGAGGUAAAAGAAGUGAUGGUCGGACUCUGGAUGAGAUUCGUCCAAUUAAUUCAAGAUGUGGACUGCUUCCCAGGGCACAUGGAAGUACUCUGUUCACACGUGGGGAAACACAGGCACUGGCAGUUGUUACGCUUGGUGAUAAACAAAUGGCGCAGAGAAUUGACAACCUUGAGGGUUCUGAUGAAUACAAGAGGUUCUAUCUUCAGUACACUUUUCCUCCAUCGUCUGUUGGUGAAGUUGGACGAAUUGGUGCACCCAGUAGAAGAGAAAUAGGUCAUGGGACACUAGCAGAGCGAGCAUUGGAGACCAUUCUACCUAGUGAUGAUGACUUUCCUUACACAAUACGUGUUGAAAGUACAGUAAUUGAAAGCAAUGGUUCUUCAAGUAUGGCAUCUGUUUGUGGCGGUUGCUUGGCUUUGCAAGAUGCUGGAGUUCCAGUCAAAUGUUCUGUUGCUGGGAUAGCAAUGGGAAUGGUUUGGGAUACUGAAGAAUUUGGAGGUGAUGGAUCUCCCCUUAUCCUUUCUGACAUCACUGGAGCUGAAGAUGCAUCUGGUGAUAUGGACUUUAAGGUUGCUGGGAAUGAAGAUGGCGUUACCGCCUUUCAGAUGGACAUCAAGGUAGGAGGAAUUACUUUAGAGAUAAUGGAAAAGGCUCUAAUACAGGCAAAAGCUGGGCGUCGCCAUAUUCUUGCUGAAAUGGCAAAGUGCUCACCGCCUCCCACGCUAAGCCUCUCAAAAUAUGCUCCAUUGAUACUUAUUAUGAAGGUUCAUCCAAGCAAAGUAUACUCUCUUAUUGGUUCUGGAGGUAAGAAAGUAAAGAGCAUCAUUGAAGAAUCUGGAGUUGAGGCCAUUGACAUGCAAGAUGAUGGAACUGUCAAAAUUAUGGCAAUUGAUGUAGCGAGUCUAGAAAGGGCGAAAGCGAUUAUUAGUGGAUUGACAAUGGUUCCCUCUGUUGGUGAUAUCUACAGGAAUUGUGAAAUCAAGUCAAUGGCUCCUUAUGGUGCAUUUGUAGAGAUAGCGCCUGGGCGGGAAGGUCUUUGCCAUAUCAGUGAGCUGAGUGCUGAAUGGCUUGCAAAACCAGAGGAUGCCUAUAAAGUAGGAGACCGCAUUGACGUCAAAUUAAUAGAGGUAAAUGAAAAGGGUCAGCUUCGACUUAGUGUACGGGCUUUACUUCCCGAAUCAGAGACAGACAAAGACAGUCAGAAACAACAGCCGGCAGGUGAUUCUACCAAAGACAAGAGUUCGCAAAGGAAAUAUGUAAAUACUUCGUCAAAGGACCGUGCAGCUGCAGGAGCAUCAAAGGUUUCAUCUGGGGAUGAACUUGUCCUGAAGAAGAAAGAUGUAAGGAGAGCAACUGGUGGUAGUAGUGACAAGACAAUGAAUAGCAAUAGCAGUACCAACGAAGAAAGUUUAGUCAACGGUGAAGCUACAAUCAGCUAGUGGAAUGCAAACAAGAUCACUGUUCAUAUCUGUGUCUCGUGAGACUCAUUACGAAAGGAGGAGAGUUUCUUCCAACGGAACCACAGUUUCUUGAAGCUGUGCAUAUAUGUUGGCAAGUCUGGUGUGGAGGAGGAUAACAUUUUUGAAGACGUCAUAUGUUGGGAGAUUCUCAGACAUUUCAUCAGUUCUUUCUGUUGUCUUCUCUCUUGCAAACUCAUUAGUCCGUUUAGGUUACUUGAUAUAUUAAUGUUUUUGACUAAAUUUUAUUUGGGAUAGAUGAUUUUUCUUCAGCUUGUCAAAGUUUCCCAAUUUUUGUUAUGUUUCGAGUUAUUAGAUGGACUUGGCAACUUCAAGAGUUUUAAAGAUCA